AUAGGGCGAGCAGAGAUCGGUUCAUGCGACAAUACGAAACCUCAUUUUAAUUUGUCGCAAUUUUAAAUUAUCGUAAUGAAUCAUUAUAAUGCAAUUUGUGUUUGUUUGUGCGUUUUAUUCGGUAUUGUUAUGUCAGCAAGUGAAUUUACAGAUGAAGAGUACUAUCACCUGCCGGAUCUGUACCAUUUGGACGACUACACGAAAUGUCUGUCGCAGAAACAGGGCCUGUAUUGCCUGGGAACUUUCGAACUGUCACCAGCUGAAGAACAGAGUCCAGUUUUCGAUCUUAUCAAGGUGUAUUCAGAAAACCCUCAUCACUUUAACCGCACGAUCAUACAGCGCGGCUGGUGCGUCAGCAGUCGCAGCCUAAGAACCGAAGGCGAACCAGUGCGCAGAUUCACGAAAUGCGGUCAAGAUUGGGCCCGCUCCCGGGGGAUGAACGCUCGCCUGCUAAAACUCGAAUAUUGCCGAACUCACGAUGAAGCAAAAACUCCGAACGCUUCGGACCUGCCAGAAAGAGUGUUCCUCUGUGCAAUUAUCUGUAUUCUAAUCUUCAACGUCAUCGGAACGGCCUACGAUUUAUGGAAAGGAAACGAAGAAAAUAAAAACAAAAUUCUAAUGGCGUGGUCUAUACCCAGCAACUGGUCGCGCUUGACAUCGUCCUUGUCGAAUGAAGAUCCUCGACUUUCAUGCUUAGCGCCGUUUCAGGGAGCAAGAGUCAUCGUAAUGGCCUUGGUGCUGUGGGGUCAUGUGUUUUUCUCACACGCGUUGGUGUAUCUGCAGAACCCACGAGAUUACGAAAAAUCUCUCCACGGCGUUAUUGGCACACUGGUUUAUAAUGGGACAUCCAUAGUGCAGAUGUUCGUUAUUUUUUCAAACUUCCUCUGCGCAUACAAUCUACUAUUGCCGUCAAAUAAAAAACCGCUCACGCUAAGCAUGUUCCCGAAGCAAAUCGUCAAGAGAUAUAGCAGAAUAACUCCUAUGAACUUGCUCCUGGUGGGCUACGGAGCCACGUGGUGGGUUCAUAGCCGCGACGGUGCAAUAUGGCCGGUCCUAGUUGGAAACGAGAAGAUUUUUUGCGAACAAAAGUUCUGGUCUCAUGCGCUGUACAUCAAUAACUUUUACAUGCCUGAAAACGUUUGUUUCAUACAGACAUGGUUCUUAGCGGUUGACAUGCAGCUCCAUAUCCUAGCUCUCAUUCUGACUUUGUGUCUGGCCAAGCACCGACGCCAUGCCCUACGCAUCCUCGGAAGCCUGUUCGUACUAUCCUGUGCUGGUCUAAGUUUAAUGGUGUACUUAAAUAACUACUCGACGUUAUUACAAAUCGCUGAACCUGAUAAUGCACGCACGAUGCUCCGUAAUAAGCCGUCGUUUUACGAAAUGUACGUGAAUCCAUUUAACUCGCUACCAGCUUGCCUGAUGGGUUUGUUUCUGGCUCAUCUACUUUACGAAUUACAAGAGAACGGAUAUAAAUUUCACGAAUGCAAAUGGCUGAAGUACUCUCACGCUUUGAUGAUACCGCUGUACAUUUUAUGGCUGUUUUGCGGGAUUUAUUUCAGAGAACUAAAAUCUAAUAUAGACACAGCUCUAUUCAUUGGAUUGGAUCGACUGUUAUUCUGUUCAAUAUUCGCAGUAAAACUAAUGGGAUUUACGACAAUUCAAUCCCGGGCACGCAAAUUCUUUUCAUGGCGCGGCUGGGACGUAUUCGCCAGGAUGUCUCUGUCCGUCAUGAUGAUUCACUGGGUGGUCAACGUGACCAUUGUAGCAGCCAGACCUACACGGACCUUCACUAGUUUUAUAGACGUGUCCAUAGACGCGGCAGCAACGAUAGUGUUUACUUACAUCAUGGCUGCGCCAGCGACGAUCCUGGUGGAAAUGCCGAUGCAACGAUUUCUUGAUAACUUCACGCGAUGAAAUACAGUGAACUGUGUAGCCUUGUGUAUUUAGUGUAUAGGAUCCGAGUCACACGGACUGUUCGACUGGUGUGAAAAUAAAAAAAACAAGCUCUCACAUUACGCGCCGAGACGAGAUGAAAGCACUAAUUCUAGCGAAGAUUAAGCACGGGUAUAGGUUAUAAAAUUGCCCAUUGUGAACUGACCUUUCAAUCAGGUGAAAAUUGUUCACAGAAUAAGCACAACAUAAACAAAUUUAUCAUUACGGAUGUAUGACAAUGAUUCGAUUGGUUCGCCUUUGAAUUUUGCUGGAUUAAAAUUCACGUGACGUAUAGUGGUGGUUGUAGAAUUGUGCUUGCGUAGCUGGAAUAGCAUCUUAAUCUACCAGCGAAUAGAUUGAAAAAAAAAAUGUACUUGCUUUUUA